CAUGGCGGUUAUGAUUGGAUAAUUUAAGUUGAUGUUAACGAAUAUGGCCAAUAAGAACGCUGCAAUGUUCGAUCUGAGGAUUUGCUACUCAUUGCUAUCGAUUCAAUUAUCUUUUUUCGGCAACGGAAACUUACAUGAAUUUUCUACUCUGCUUUUUGACUUGGGUCAACUUGGGUGUUGUCCGGCUUUGCUCGAUUAUGACAACGCCAGUAAUGAUCAAACAGUUUUCUUUCGUUUUUUGAUUAAUUCACAACAUUUCUAAAUAAUUACGUUUACACAAUAAUUAUGAAAUUAUGAUGAGUGGUUUUGUGUAUUAUUUCGUUGUGUUGCUUUGCCAUAGCAUUACUAAUUCCAAAGCUGAUUCUGCAAGAUAUUACUAUGAUUAUGAAUGCAAUGAGCCCCUCGUAGAGAACGCUAAGUUAUCCGCCACAUCCAGCCUCAGGGACAGAGGGGCAGAUAAUGCUAAGUUGUAUGGUACGUCGGCAUGGACGGCGCAGGAAAGCUCGUAUUACCAGCAGCUCACGGUGAACCUGCGCAAGCGCAUGGAGCUGCGCGGCAUCGCCACCAGGGGGCGGUACGCGACCGACGAGUAUGUAACAGAAUAUAUGCUGCAGUAUUCCGAUGAUGGUGAGAGCUGGAGGGAUGUGGCGAGCGCUGAUGGGUUUGCGCAGAUGUUCGAAGGCAACGUGGACGGCAACACAGUACAGAAGAAUGAGUUCGAAGUGCCGAUCAUAGCGCAGUUCAUUCGCAUCAACCCGAUGCGGUGGCGCGACAAGAUAUCCAUGAGGGUCGAGCUGUACGGAUGUGAUUAUGUCGCCGACACAUUGUACUUCAACGGCUCGUCUCUGGUCAAGAUGGACCUCCUGCGGGACCCCAUAUCGGCGUCCCGCGAGGUGAUAAGGUUCAGGUUCAAGACCAGCACGGCGUCGGGAGCGCUCUUGUAUUCCAGGGGGACGCAGGGGGACUACAUAGCGCUUCAGCUGAGGGACAAUAGACUAGUGCUGAAUGUCGAUUUGGGUUCAGGUACAUCUUCGUCGAUGUCGGUGGGCAGCCUCCUCGACGACAACAUAUGGCACGACGUGGUCAUAUCGCGCAACAGAAGGGACAUCAUCUUCUCUGUGGACAGAGUUAUUGUACGCGACAGGAUCAAAGGGGAAUUCUCGAGGCUCAACUUGAAUAGGGCUUUAUACAUAGGAGGCGUGCCAAACUUCCAAGAAGGGUUGGUGGUCAACCAGAACUUCACGGGCUGCGUCGAGAACAUGUACUUGAACGCGACCAAUGUGAUCCAGGAUCUGAAGCAAGGGUACGAGUCGGGAGAGGCUUUCAAGUUCCAGAAAGUGAACACCCUGUAUGCGUGUCCUGAGCCUCCGGUGGUGCCGGUGACGUUCCUGCGCUCGGGCUCGUUCGCGAAGCUGCGCGGCUACUCCGGCGGCAACACGCUCAACGUGUCGCUCGAGUUCCGCACCUACGAGCUGCACGGCCUGCUCGUCUACCACAAGUUCAACACCGACGGCUAUAUCAAGGUGUACCUAGACGAGGGUAAAGUUAGAGUAGAGCUGGAAACCCAGGGCAUGCCCAAAGUGAAGCUGGACAACUACCUGGAGCAGUUCAACGACGGCAGAUGGCAUUCGCUGAUGGUCACCAUGGCGAUAGACUCGCUCACAGUGUCGGUGGACCGGCGACCCGUGCACACCUCCAAGAGGCUCAAGUUCCUUACCGGCAGCACUUACUAUAUAGCUGGUGGUAAGGCGCCUCCUCGCGGCUUCGUGGGCUGCAUGCGUAAGAUAGCGGUGGACGGCAACUACAGGCUGCCAACCGACUGGAAGAAGGAAGACUACUGCUGUCCCAACGAGGUGGUGUUCGAUGCCUGCCAGAUGAUCGACAGAUGCAACCCGAACCCUUGUGAGCAUGGUGGCAUCUGCACGCAGACCGCUGAGGAGUUCACCUGCAACUGCCAGGGGACAGGGUACGCCGGCGCGGUCUGCCAUACCUCGGUGCACCCGCUGUCGUGCCAGGCGUACAAGAACGUGCAGGCGGUGUCGCGCUCCGCCGAGAUACACAUCGACGUGGACGGCUCCGGCCCGCUGCCGGCCUUCCCCGUCACCUGCGAGUUCUACUCGGACGGUCGCAUUAUCACCGCCGUGCAGCACUCGUCGUCCGUGAGCACGCUGGUGGACGGGUACCAGGAGCCGGGCAGCUUCCGCCAGGACAUCAUCUACGACGCCGGCCGCCAGCAGCUCGAGGCGCUGCUCAACCGCUCGCUCAACUGCAUGCAGCGCCUCGAGUACAUGUGCCGACACUCGCGGCUGCUUAACUCGCCUAGCGAGGAGUCGUCGUUCCACCCGUUCGCGUGGUGGGUGUCGCGCACGGGGCAGCGCAUGGACUACUGGGCCGGCGCCACGCCCGGCUCGCGCAUGUGCCAGUGCGGCGUGCUCGGCGCCUGCGUCGACAACACCAAGUGGUGCAACUGCGACGCUGAGUACACGCACCUCAAGCCGGAGGAAUUCCAAUCUGACGGCGGAGAAAUUACUGAGAAGGAAUUCUUACCGGUAAAGCAGCUGCGAUUCGGCGACACCGGCAGUCAUCUGGACGAGAAAGAGGGACGCUACACACUCGGACCGCUGUUGUGUGAGGGAGAUGACUUGUUUAGCAACGCGAUAACAUUCCGCAUAUCGGACUCGGUGAUCAUACUGCCGAUGUUCGACCUAGGCCAUAGCGGCGACAUCUACUUCGAGUUCAAGACGACGAGGGAGAACGCCGUACUUCUUCACUCCAAGGGUCCUCAAGACUACAUAAAGCUCUCGAUCAUCGGUGGUGAUCAGCUCCAAUUCCAGUUUCAAGUGGGAGACACUCCUCUUGGCGUUUCCGUGGAAACUAGCAACCGUUUGGCUGACAAUCAAUGGCAUUCCGUUUCAAUUGAGAGAAAUCGUAAGGAGGCGCGCGUGGUGGUGGACGGCGCGCUGAAGAACGAGAUCCGCUCGGCGCGCGGCGGCGCGCGCGCGCUGUACCUGAGCACGGGGCUGGCGCUGGGCGCGGCGCUCGACCGCGCCGACGGGUUCGUGGGCUGCGUGCGCGCGCUGCUGCUCAACGGCCGCCCCGUCGACCUGCGCGCGCUCGCACGCCGCGGUAUAUACGGCAUAUCGGAGGGCUGCGUGGGGAAAUGCUCCUCAUCUCCGUGCCUGAACAACGGCACGUGUCUCGAGGGAUACGACUCCUACUCCUGCGACUGCAGGUGGACCGCCUUCAAGGGACCUAUAUGCGCUGACGAAAUUGGUGUCAACCUCCGUCCGAACUCGCUGAUCAAGUACGACUUCCUGGGCUCGUGGCGUUCUACCAUCAACGAGAAGAUCCGCGUGGGAUUCACCACCACCAACCCCAAGGGGUUCCUGCUCGGCUUCUACUCCAACAUCUCCGGGGAGUACCUCACGCUCAUGGUGUCCAAUUCAGGUCACCUUCGCGUUGUAUUUGACUUCGGUUUUGAACGGCAAGAGAUCGUGUUCCAAGGGAAACACUUCGCCCUGGGACAGUACCACGACGUCAGGUUGUCCAGGAAGAACAGUGGAGCCACUUUGGUGUUGCAGGUUGACAAUUUCGAGACGCAAGAGUAUAACUUCAACGUCAAGGAGUCUGCGGACGCGCAGUUCAACAAUAUACAGUACAUGUACAUCGGACGGAACGAGUCGAUGGCCGAGGGCUUCGUGGGCUGCGUCAGUCGAGUGGAGUUCGAUGAUAUAUACCCGCUGAAGCUGCUGUUCCAGCAGGACCCGCCGCCGAAUGUCAGGAGUCUUGGAGGCGGCAUCCUGAACGAGGACUUCUGCGGCGUGGAGCCGGUGACACAUCCGCCGGAGCCCAUCGAGACCCGUCCGCCGCCGCUGGUGGACCUGCAGCACGAGCUUGACUACCACAAGACCGACGAGGCGAUACUUGGCACUGUGCUGGCUUUUAUUUUCCUGAUGUUGAUCGUGGUGGCGAUCGUGUUGGUGCGCGCUCUUUCGCGGCAUAAAGGGGAAUAUCUUACACAGGAGGAGCGCGGCGCGGCGGGCGCGCUGGACCCCGACGCGGCCGCGCUCGCCGCCACCACCGGCGCGCGCGUCACCAAGCGCCGCGAGUUCUUCAUAUAGCCGCACCACACCAAUUACAAAACAUACACUGCGCCGCGCAUACACGUCAAUGCGAUUAUAUUCUGCUUAACGACGCCGGUGUUUAAUAUUUUACCUUCAGAUGUACGAUGCUCACAAUUACCUUUGCUUUCUAACUUUAUUUUCUUAAAUAUUACAGUUAUGAGAUGCCAGUGAAUAAUAUGAAAUAACAUUAAAGACUCACAAUACAAGCAUUGUGUGUACCUAUUAAUUUAAACAAAACAAUAUUUCCAUUGAUCGACAUGGAAAAUAUUUUUCAAUAACACUGUUCAAUAUUUAAUCGAAUAUUUCGCUCUGUUAACAUAAUAUUUUUAUUAUAUGGCUGCUAAUCGAAAUAUAUAUAUAUAUAUAUCCUCCAUCUUUUGCAACAAUAAAUCAUUAAGUUAAUUAACUAUCUCUUCCAACAUAGCGCAGCUUAAAACACUUCAUAACAUAAUUAUAUCAACGUAAAAGCGAAAAAAUUGUUAAAUAAAAUUAAAAACCAAAUAAAAAAAUCGCUUUAAAACGCAUCUAACUUAACGUAUCGUAAGCCCUCUCUCCCGCGAAGUGCCAUACGGCUGCUUAAUACACGCUUAGGGCUCGAAACACUCGAUAGUCUGGGCGUCGAUUCUAUAAAACCGAAUAUAAUCGAAAGUAUCGAUAUUCCAAAUUUCUAUACUCGUUACUUUGUAUUUGAGCUGUAUCGUCUUGUAUUGAACGUGUCAAUCGAAUAGUCUUCAACAAGUUGGUCGAAUAUAAUUAUUCGAAAUUGAGGACUUAGCGAUUGCUGUUCAAUAAACACGAUAUCGAUAAACGAAGUCGAUACUUUGGGCCCUUAUUAAAUGUUCUAUCGCCUUCUAGAAUCUCAAUGAAUCUCGAAUCCUCUCUCUGUAAAUAAGACUGGGUUAAUCAAAAGCAUUUUCUUAGUAUAGUAUGUAUUUACGCUAGAGCAGCUUCUACACUCUUGCAGCUUGCAAAUAUUGUCAAUAGAGAAUAUAUGACUAUGAUUGAAUAAUUUUUACAUGUAAUUUUAGUAAAACUAUCUGUUCUUCAUAUUUCGAGUAAAUUUCUCAGCCAGAGUAUUACUCUCUCAAUUCAAAAGUUUUGGUAAGUUUGUAUAUUGGAGUGAAUAUUAUUUCUGUAAAUUAUUUGAUUUAUAGUCAUAAUUCUUACAGCAUUUUCGCCUAUAAUGCAUUGUGUAUAUAUAAUAUCCAAACUUCACAAUAAAUGUUAAAUAAAUAAUGUUAGAAAGUCGAUAUCGAUAAGAUGUAGUCCUCAUACGCCUUACAAUUUAUGUAAGAACUAUAUACAGGGUGCUGCUGAAAAUCAAAACGAUGCACCGCAGUUUCGAAAAUAUAUGUAUUUUGAUGGUUAUUCUAUGGCCUUACCAAAUUCUUUGUGUAGCGAAACUUCUACGCUCCGUUUCGAUUUUCAGUGUAGCCACCCUGGUACAUAAUAAAGUAUUUUUGUCACGAAUAACGUAGUUAACAUUAAGCGUUAGAUGCGAGCUAUUCAAUUAUCAUCAGCCUGAGCUAUUCCCAUCUGUAUUUAUUAUAUAAUGUGUGUUCAACCAGUUUGAUAUUAUUUUUCUGUUCUGCGAGAUUUGUGCGUCAUUCGUUAUUAAACUGACGUCGAGUUGUGUUUGAAGUGAUGUACUAAUUAUUUUUGACGUAAAUAUAUAUCGAUAAAAUUGUCAUCACAAUUAUUUCAUCCGAAUAACACUCGAUGUUUGACUAAGAUGAAUCUUCAUUUCAAAUUAGGGUGGUUAUAACCAGCAUUUUUGUGAUGGAUUUAUUCUGAUUUUAUCGACACAAUUUAGCUUUAAGUUCUAGUAUGUAUAGAAUAUACGGAUUCGUUUAUGAUAUUUUAUUUAGACUGCCCAUACAAAUUAGUGUUUCAUUAGAUUUAAUUGCGGUAUUGUGUUUUAUUUUAUUUUUAUUUCUCCGUCCAAAAGAGAUCUUUUUUUACUUAAACCAAUGAUGUGAUCAUAGGCUUUUAUGUACACGGCAGGUAAGGGCUUAUGCACACGUCGUUGAUACGAAAUGCGACGCCUUUCAAAUGCAAUUAAAACGCGCGUUUAUAUCGCGUAACUCUAGGUAUCGGUACUAACAUAUUUUCUAUUGCAUACGCGUAGACCUGCGUAAAGUGCGCAUAUCUCAAACCAUAUCGUCGUAUAAAUGUCGUGUGAGUAGGCCCUAAAUAGUAUUUACGUGAAUUUAGUUUUAAAAGAUGUGUAUUUUUUUUAUUUCUGUAACCAUUGUGACGAAGGCCGCGGCAUUGAGUCGAGAAUUGUAGUUUCAUAAUGAAUUGUACGUCGAUGUUAUUGGUGCCACAUUUUUCUAGAAUGGCGGGCGAUGCAAUAUCUGCCUCUGGUUAUGGAUAAGGAUGUAAUGGCGACAGUUUAUCGAUGUCGAUGGUUUAAUAGUUUGGUUGCUAUGGGUGGUUGGUAUUGUCGAUAGAUUGAUUUGAUAAAUUUUUAUUUCAUAAUUCUGUUAGAACAUGUGUAUUAUCAAUUGAAUUAUUUUGUAGUAAAAGUCGAUAAAUCUUACAAAAUUGGAUGACUUUACUUACAUACAAAAAACAAAUCAAAUCACCCGAAGACUUAAUAAAUGCAUGCGCUGAAACGUUUUACCAACAUCGAUAGACUGUCGACAAGGUGUCGAUAGUUUUGUAUGAUUUUGUAUGUCAUUAUAAUAAGGUGUUGUGCCUUAAUAUUUCCGUAAUGACGCAAGGCACAUAGGUUUAAAUCACGUAGUGUUGAGACUAGAGUUUUUAUUUUACUACUUCGAUGUCACGAAUAAAUUUUCCACAAAUA